CUAAAACUCACAAAAAAAUCCGAACAAAAAGUUGUUCACAAAAUUCGAACUCCUCAGUUUCCUUAUCAGCGACUUCCUCACCUCACCCUUUCCAAAAAUUAAUAAUCAUCGAUUUUAUCAACAAAGCUUUCGAAAUUUUCGAUCCAGACGAAUGCUGUACUAAUAUCGAUCUCGCCGAACAUGCUCGUACGAAGCCUCCUGCAACAGAACACAACGAAGAUUUGCUGUAACACAUUGUAUCCUCAAAUACGAUAUGGCAGCAAUUAUUCGAAAAAAGCCUCCACCGAAGUGGUGAAAAAAGCCUCCACUGAAGUGGUGAAAAUAUACGACACUGCACUUGAAAAAAUACGUGAAAGGUUUCCACGAAUUAGUGCAGUGUACAGUUUGGUUUACGGAGGACUGCGGGGAAUUAUGAACGAUGUAAAAGAGUCUUUCAGAAUCGUAGGUAAAGCUUCCGCAAACAACGGCAGUGCCCAAUGUUUGAGCUUAGAAGAGUUGGAAUUUUUCCAUAAUUUCAAGCUGAGCAGCAGGAAAUUGUUCCCGAUCGGGGCUUUGGCAGUGUUACCAUUUGGAAAUGGGUUAAUUAUACCGCUCGUAUACUUUUUACCUCGUAAAACAGUCACUCACCAUUUCUGGACCGAACAUCAAAGAGCAACGUUCCCUUUCGAAGAUCACAAAGAUAGACUCAAACAUCGUACACUAGUCUUAAAUUAUUUGAAGGAAUGUUCUAGUGGUCGAAUCGCCGACGACGUCUUGAAAGACUGGCGUAAGCUGACGGCGAUGCUGGAUCAGGGUGCUCGUCCCGAAGUAUCAGAUGUAGCGAAAGUUUCCUCGUUGUUUGCUCGAAGUGGGCCUUUUUAUCUGCAAACAUUACCAAAGUUGCAUUUGAUGCAUUUAGGUUCUACGUAUGGUAUAACUGCGAUAUUGUCCCCAACUCGGAAAAUAAUCCGGUUUGCUCAGUUGGGUGUGCUUAUGGAUAGGAAAAUAGUUGAAAGAGGUGGUCCGAAAGCGCUUCCCGCCGAAUUGAGAUCUAAAAUAUGUUACAUGAGAGGCGUAGAUUCGAUGAAUAUGAGUCAAGAAGAGCAGAUUGCGUUUUUACAGAAAUGGAUCCAGCUCAAUGCCAAGAUAGAUAUAUCUAAUUAUUCGUUAUUAUUGCAUACGCCCAUUUUAUUGGGUUAUAACACCGCUCACAAUGUAUUGAAAAAGAGAUGAUCGUUAAAUAAAUUAUUUUUCCAGUUUUCA